AUCACUCCACAAUGCCUACCUAGAGAGCUUGUCUCUACAUCCCCACCCUCCCCGCCCACACCACACCACACCACACCACCUCCACCCGACAACCCCACCCGCCUCUAUACUGUCACCAACAUGUCCUCCUGGAUGAAAUGGCUGCACGGCCGCACACGUGACCGCCACGGCCUGCACGACGAACUCGCCGCCCUCCUCCCCACCACCCGCGACACCGCCGCCAUCCCCUCCGCCAUCCCCGCCAAACAAGUCACCCUCAUCGCCCUCCGCCUCAAAUACCAGAUCGAGCAAGUCAUCCCCUGCGAACUGCCCCUCGACCGCAUCACCCAACCCCACAGCAACGUCAUCACCGACGCCGUCGUCGCCACCGCCAAGUCGGCCGGGAAGGUGUCGGGCAGUACCGAAGACGAUCAUUCCGCCUGCGUCGUCUACUCCCUCCUCAUCGCCAAAAACUGGUUCCACCAACAAUCCCAACUCGAGCUCUGGGACGCCGACCUGCACGCCCUCCGCGCCACCGCGUGCGAAGUGAUUGCUAAAAGCCUCAUCGAAAACGAAGAAAACUACACCUAUUUACUCCAAGACGUCCUGCUCAAACGGUACAGCAUCGUAGUCGACGGCCAGGACACCAAACCUGCCAAUGCUAUAGAAAAGGCCGUCGAUUUGCAUGCUGUGAGGGUGAUUGCGAGUAGCGGGUAUCAGAAGUGUAUCGCGCAUUUGUGGCGCGGCUGGUUGACGCAGGAUGAGGAUGAUCCGUCGCGGUUUGUGGAUUACAAGCAGAAGACCAAUACGAGUUAUUGGGCGCAUUUCGAUCCGGAUCGCAUGAGGGUGCCGCAGUAUCAGAAUGCCGUGCAAAUCUUCAUCUCCCUGGUGUAUCUCGCCCUGUACACCGGAGCGAUUAACACCAUCAACCCUACGGGAGAUCUGGACGUGAUCGAGGGACUGCUCUACGUCUUCACCCUCGGCUUCAUGCUGGACGAGGCCGGGAAAUUCUACAAGGUCGGCCGCUACUACCUCUCCUUCUGGAACAUCUUCAACUCCACCCUCUACAUCCUCCUCACCAUCUCCUUCGUCACCCGCAUGAUCGCCUUACUCGGCCACCCUUACGAUUCCGAGCCGAGACAUCGCAUGAACGAGCUUAGCUACGACUUCCUCGCCUUCUCCAGCCCCAUGUUCUGGAUGCGUCUACUACUGUAUCUGGACGGCUUCCGCUUCUUCGGCGCCAUGCUCGUUGUGUUGAAGGUCAUGAUGAAGGAAUCCAUCAUCUUUUUCGCUUUACUCUUCGUCGUGCUGGUAGGCUUCUUGCAAGGGUUUGUCGGGUUGGAUCAAGCGGAAGAUAACGCCAUUACGGCGUCCGGGUUCAUCGUCAAGCAGAUGCUGAACGCCAUAAUGGGAUCUCCGGACUUCGACGGCUGGUCUCGCUUCGCCCCGCCCUUCGGGUUGAUACUCUACUAUAUCUACAACUUCAUCAUCAUAGUGAUUUUGCUCAACGUCCUCAUCGCCCUUUACAACUCCGCCUACGAAGACGUCACCACCAACGCCAUCGACGAGUUCUUGGCGCUGUACAGUCAGAAGACUAUGCAAUUCGUCCGCGCGCCGGAUGAAAACGUCUUUAUCGCCCCCUUUAAUCUGAUCGAAAUCUUCUGCCUCAGCCUCCCCCUCGAAUGGUGGAUGUCCCGCUCCCGCUACAAAUACGUCAACGACGUCAUCAUGGGCAUCAUCUACUCCCCGCUCCUGCUUGUGACGGCUUGGCUCGAGCAGAGGACCGCGCGCAGGGUGAAGUGGAAUCGCACGCGCCAUGAGGCGGACGACGAUACGGUCGAGGAGUGGGAGCAGUUGGCCGACGAGCUGGAUGUGGAGGGGAGUGGGUGGGGGAAGAGGGUGGAGGAGAGUAGGCCCAAUGUUGUGGUUGAGGGGACCGUGGUGGAGGUGCAGAAGUUGAGGGAGGAAAUCGGAGAGCUCAAAGUGCUGUUGAAGGAGGCAUUGGGGAAAGGGCUGACGAAUGGCAAGGCGUGAGCCUGGGUUGUGAGGUACUAUGGGAAGCGAGCGAGGCGUUGGUGGCGGAUGGAAUGGAAAACUCCUUCUGCAGCUUCGAACAAACUGGCAUCGAGCUCGACAUCGACGUUAAGUGACUUGGCCUGGCAUGCUUACAAUGAUGUCACAGGGUCUACAACUUCCCAUCCACAACACGCCAUUCAAACGCAUACACAAGCGCCAUCAGAGUUACUGUCAUCAAAUGCUCCGCCGA